AAAGAUGCCUUUAAAUUAACUUUGGGUCAGCCUCUUUGCGUUCGGGCCCCCCAUGCUCUUGAGUCUCUCAUCAGACAGCCCCCGGAUCGGUGGCUCUCGAAUGCCCGGAUGACUCAUUACCAGGCUCUGCUCUUGGACUCUGACCGCAUCCAGUUUGGAUCCCCCGUCGCUCUCAAUCCUGCGACCCUGCUACCCAGCACAGAAGAACCCGACUCGCAGGGCGACCAUGACUGUCAUCGGGUCCUGGCUGAGGUUUUCGGCACCCGACCAGACCUGAGCGAUAAGCCACUGGAGAAGGCAGAUCACACUUGGUAUACAGACGGGAGCAGCUUCCUUGAAGGGGGACAACGCCGGGCUGGAGCCGCAGUCACCUCAGACAGCAAGGUAAUAUGGGCCGAGCCCUUACCAGAAGGAACGUCCGCAUAGAAGGCCGAGCUGAUAGCUCUGACACAGGCCCUGCGGCUGGCAGAAGGUAAGAAGCUAAAUGUGUACACGGACAGCCGGUACGCCUUCGCCACCGCACACAUCCACGGAGAAAUUUACAAAAGAAGGGGGCUUCUCACAUCAGGAGGGAAGGAAAUAAAGAACAAAGCAGAAAUCCUGGCACUACUAGAGGCUUUGUUUUUACCAAAAGAGCUCAGCAUAAUGCACUGUCCAGGCCACCAGAAAGGAAAUCACCCAGAGGCAAGGGGAAACCGCCUAGCCGACCAGACGGCCAAGGACAUUGCCUCCAAGAGUCAGGUUCUGACUAUGCAAAUGGACCCUGAACGCCAGAGACGGGAAGCCAUCAGAGACUACACCCCAGAGGACAGAGAGUUACUCGAGAAAAUUGGGGCUUUCAACAACCCAGAGACUGGCUACUGGGAGUACCAAGGAAAAACCGUCUUGCCUCAGCGAUCGGUGGAAGAGCUCCUGGACGAGCUCCACAAAUGGACCCACUUGGGAGUGAACAAGAUGAGAAAACUGAUUGAGAGGGAAGAAACAAUCCUCUAUCUGCUAAACAAAGAUGCCAUCCUACAAAGAAUUGUUAAGAACUGUAAGGCCUGUGCCCAGGUAAACUGGGGCAAAAAUAAAGCUUCAGGAGGAGUCAGACAAAGAGGCCACAGGCCAGGAGUCCACUGGGAAGUGGACUUUACUGAGGUUAAACCAGGAAUGUAUGGCUAUAAAUAUUUGUUAGUUUUCAUUGACACUUUUUCAGGAUGGCCAGAAGCCUACCCGACCAAGCAAGAAACUGCAAGGGUGGUAUCCAAGAAGCUAUUAGAUGACAUCUUUCCCCGAUUUGGGAUGCCACAGGUAAUAGGGUCAGAUAACGGACCAGCCUUUGUCUCCCAGGUAAGUCAGAAGGUGGCCAGGUUACUGGGGAUUGAUUGGAAGUUACAUUGUGCCUACCGGCCCCAGAGUUCAGGUCAGGUAGAGCGAAUGAAUAGAACCAUUAAGGAGGCUCUAACUAAAUUCUCGCUGGCAACUGGCACUAAAGACUGGGUUACUCUGCUGCCUUUGGCAUUAUACCGGGCCAGGAACACUCCUGGGCCCAGUGGGUUAACUCCAUUUGAAAUCCUGUAUGGGACCCCUCCCCCUGCAGUUUCCUUCUUAGACCCGGAUAUCUCUAACUUUGUUGAUUCACCUUCCCUCUUUGCUCACCUGAAGGCACUCCAGCUGGCUCACCAGGAGAUCUGGAAGCCCCUAGCUGCAGCCUAUCAGGAUGCUAUUGACACUCCUAUUGCACCCCACCCCUUCCAGCCCGGGGACGCUGUCUGGGUCCGGAGGCAUCAGACUCGGAGCCUAGAACCACGCUGGAAAGGACCAUACACUGUCCUCCUCACCACGCCCACAGCUCUCAAGGUCGACGGGGUUGCAGCCUGGGUCCACGCCUCCCACGUUAAGGCAGCCGAUCCAGCUCACCAAGAACUCUCAAGAGAAGGGCAAUGGCAGCUGACGCGGACUACCAACCCCCUAAAGAUAAGACUGGUCAAAGAAAAAUGCUAAUCAUGUUGCUCUGGGUAUUAUCUUUCCCCAGAAUAGAGUCUGGGGAAAAUCCACAUACCCCAUACCAUAUUACCUGGACCCUCAGUAAUUCUUAUGGAGAAGUCCUCAAUCAGACUGAAUUAAUUGGCCCCGUUAGCACCACCUUUCCUUCACUCUCCUUUGACGCCUGUAAGGGAGUGCCAUCCUGUAUUUGGGACAGUUUGGUAGACAAGGGGACCAUUUAUUUAUGUCCAGGGCAUCAACCUGACAACAAAAUGCGCUAUUCUUGUGGGGGAAUGCAAUAUGGAUGGUGUUAUUACUGGAAUUGUGCAACUGCAGGUAGUACAUAUUGAAAGCCAUCUUCUAGCUGGGAUUACAUCCGAGUAAAAAGAGAUCCCAGCAUAGAUAAAUAU